AUGUCUCAACCAGACCGCGACAACAUCGGCCUUGCUCCGUCAAAGAGCACGCCUCAGCAACCGCUGCCGCCCGCCGACGACCGACUCGUUGUCUUCGACGUGGACAAGAUCGACCGCGCCAGCUCCGCUGAAACCUCAAUGGACCCGACGGCGGCGGCCGAUCUAACCGGGCCGAGUCGCUUCUCACUCUCCGGCGCCGGGCACAUCUCGCUCGACGAUGUCGAGGCCGUCGACGUCCAGAUCCGCGGCCUGGCCGUCACCGUUGACACCUCGCCUUCAUGGUUCGACCCUGCAACCUACGCGGAGCUGGCAAAGGCAAAGUUUAACCCUAAAUCAAGCUCCAAAACUCUGUUGCACCAUGUCAACGCUUCCCUGCAGCCCGGGACCCUGACGGCCAUCAUCGGCGGCAGCGGGUCUGGUAAGACGACGCUCUUGAACACCAUGUCGGAGCGCAUGAUCAGCGCCCGCCUGGCCCAAGGCGGCUCCAUUACCUUCAACGGCAACGAGGGAAUUCAUCACGCACGACAUGCCUAUGUCAUGCAGCAAGACAUCCUCCUGCCCACUCUGACGGUACGAGAGACGCUGCGAUACUCUGCCGACUUGCGAUUGCCGCCGCCCACGACAGCCGAAGAACGAAUGCGCAUUGUUGAGGAAGUCAUUCUCGAGCUGGGGCUUAAGGAAUGUGCAGACACGAGGAUAGGAAACAGUCAGCACCGAGGAUGCUCCGGGGGCGAGAAGAGGAGGGUCAGCAUUGGUGUGCAGCUGUUGGCGAACCCUUCGGUCUUGUUCCUCGACGAACCGACAACCGGCCUAGACGCGACGAGUGCCUUCCAGCUUGUACGCACGCUAAAGAGGUUGGCGACUAAGGGCAGGACCGUCAUCACGACGAUCCACCAGCCGCGGUCGGAGAUUUGGGACCUCUUUGACAACCUCAUUAUCCUAACCAAGGGAAGUCCCGUGUACUCGGGGCCGGCCGGCGAUUGCGUACUGUGGUUCGAGGCUAUGGGUUUCAGGUUGCCGCCUUUCGUCAACCCGGCCGAGUUUCUCAUCGACAUCGCCGCCAUCGACAACCGUACACCCGAGCUUGAAGAGGAGACAACUGCACGGGUCAACAAACUCAAAACUGCAUGGGUUCACGACUCCGAGAAAAGGUUCGAGCCGUCAGAGAAAGCCGUCCAAACUGUCGGACGACGACAGGGCGCCAGGUCUGAAACGAACAAGCACGCCACGUAUGGCCGGCAAAUCAAAGUCUUGACUGACAGGACGUUCAAAGUCACAUACCGUGACCCGAUGGGCAUGUUAGCAUCCAUUAUGGAGGCCAUCCUCAUGUCUGUUGUCACCGGAUACAUCUUCUUCAACCUGCCCAGGGACCUCUCUGGCAUUCGAUCCCGCCAGGGAGCUCUGUACACCGCCACGGGUCUACAGGGAUAUCUGACGCUCAUGUUCGAGGUCUACCGGCUUACUGUCGACAUACCGACUUUCGACCGCGAGCACAGCGAGUCUUGCGUCGAUGCAGUUCCGUUCCUCCUCUCUCGCCGCUUGGCUCGCCUCUUCACCGAAGACCUACCUGUGCCCUUCCUGUUCUCCGUCAUCUUCUACUUCAUGUGCGGCUUCGAACGAGAUGCCAGCCAGUUCUUCAUCUUCUUCGUCGUGACGCUGCUCAGCCACUAUAUCGCCGUCACAUGCGCAAUCACUUGCGUCGCGGCGUCGAGGAGCUUCCCAGGCGCAAGUCUGAUUGCGAACAUGGUCUUUACUCUGCAGAGCAUGGCCUGCGGCAUGUUCAUCCAGGCGAACUCGAUCCCGGUCUACGUGCGCUGGCUGAAGUGGAUUACAUACUCGUUCUACGCCUUUGGCGCCUACUGCGGCAACGAGUUUGAAGGGAACUUUUACGGCUGCCCGUUUGAAGGCGGGAUCUCCAAUCCGGAGUGCGCACAGUAUACCGGCCGGUUCGUGAUGGACUCUCUCGGCUUCCCAAGCAACUGGGUCUGGAGGCCUAUUGUCGUCCUGGCGGCCUUUGUCGUCUUUUUCUGCGCCUUGUCGGCCGUUGGGCUUCAGUACAUCAAGCAGGAGAUGACGAUUGCGCGUGCGAGGAACUCGGAUACCGAUCUUUCGGCCGGGAAGGAGAAGAUGACGGCGCGGUCCAUCUCCGAGGUGCGCACCAUUGACGUGGGAUUGGACAGCUUCGCACUGGCCCUGGAAAAGAGGGCGCCAUCUGGAAAGAAGCUGCCGACCAAGACUAUUCUCAACCCUGUCAACACCACGUUCCAAGCUGGCAAGCUGAACAUCAUCAUGGGGCCGUCCGGCAGCGGAAAGACGUCCCUUCUCAACGCCAUGGCUCUGCGGCUCCACAACAGCGUCAGCACCCGAUACCUGCCGUCUGGUAAGCUCACGUUCAAUGGCGCCUUGCCGUCGAACUCUGUCGUCCGCUCGAUAUGCUCGUACGUCUGCCAGGACGACGACGCACUCUUGCCGUCGCUUACGGUGCGCGAGACACUCAGAUUCUCCGCUGGGCUACGGUUGCCAUCCCACAUGAGCAAGGACGAAAAGUACAGACGGGCGGAGGAGGUCCUGUUGAAGAUGGGUCUCAAGGACUGCGCCGACAACUUGGUUGGGAACGAGCUUGUCAAGGGUAUCUCGGGAGGCGAGAAGCGGCGAGUCACCAUUGCCGUGCAGCUGCUCAGCGACCCCCGCGUGCUACUGCUCGAUGAGCCAACCAGCGGCCUAGACGCGUUCACGGCGAACUCCAUCAUGGAGGUGCUGCAGGGUCUCGCCAACGAGGGCCGAACACUCAUCCUUACGAUCCACCAGGCACGCUCCGAUCUGUUUAAGCACUUUGGCAACGUCCUGCUCCUCGCCCGCGGCGGCUCCCCCGCGUACGCCGGCUCGGCCACGGACAUGCUGGGGUACUUCCAGCGGCAGGGGUUCGAAUGUCCCACGCACAGCAACCCCGCCGACUUUGCGCUCGAUCUCAUCACGAUUGACCUGCAGCACGAGACGAGGGAGGCCGAAAGCCGCGAAAAGGUCAGGAAGCUGGUGGAGGCGUGGCGAAGGGAAGCCGAGGCGGCGCCACACGAGAAGACGGAUGGGAAGACCGGCACAGGCCGGCUGUCCGGCAUCGACGAGGAGGACCGGAGCACUCAACAGACCGAGUCUACACCAGCAGCCCAAGUCGUGAUCACGAAAGCCUCGGCCGACCGCCCCGCCGUUCCAGGCCCGCGCAAGUCCUUCAACAAGGCGAGCCUCGCGACGCCGGCGGAGCUCGGCGCCCUUGUCCGCAAGCGAGCGUCCUUUUUCACGGCGUUUCCACUGCUCCUCCACCGCGGGCUCAUCAACUUCCGACGACAGCCGCCGCUGCUCCUCGCGCGCAUCAUGCAGGUGGUGGGGCUCGGCGUCAUCCUCGCGCUCUUCUUCUCGCCGCUCAAGAACGACUACUACUCGGUGCAGAACCGCAUGGGAUUCGUGCAGGAGAUUGGGGCGUUCUACUUCGUGGGAAUGCUGCAGAACGUGGCCGUGUACCCGGCGGAGCGUGACGUCUUCUACCGCGAGGACGACGACGGCGUGUACAGCGUCGAGGCGUUCCUCGCGGCGUACUCGGUGCUGGAGCUGCCAUUCGAGAUCAUUAGCUGCCUCGUGUUCGGGGUCCUGGCGGACCUGGCGGUGGGGUUCCCGCGGACGGCGACCAUGUACUUUGUGUGCGUCUUCUCGUGCUUCGGGGUGGUGUCGUGCGGCGAGUCAGUGGGCAUCAUGUUCAACACGCUCUUCAACCACACGGGCUUCGCCGUCAACCUCACGUCGGUCAUCAUGUCGGUGGCCAACACGAUGGCGGGGAUCCUGUCCAUCGACAUGCCGCGGCUGUUCAAGAUCUUCAACUAUCUGUCGCCGGUCCGGUACGCGACGCGGGCCAUGGCGCCAUACAGUCUCGACUCGGUCACCUUCACGUGCACUGACGCGCAGCGGCUGCCGGACGGGCAGUGUCCCGUGGAGACGGGCGAGGACGUGCUGAACUUGUACAAGCUCAACGUGGACCCCAACGUCAACAUUGCGGCGCUGGCGGCGUGCGUCGUUGUCUACCGGCUGGUCGCGUGGGCGCUGUUGCGGGGAGUGCGGACACGGUUGGACGGGUCCAAGAAGAGGAGUUAG